AACCUUGUGCUCCAAGCUGAUGUUAGAUUUAUCGAAAGGAGGAGCCGAGAUGAAGCUACUGGAGAAGUUAUGUCCCUUGUGGGAAAAUUAUCUGGAACAAAAAUGGGAGAUCGGGCACAAAGAACUCGACCUGGAAAAGCAGAAGAGCGGAAAGUGAAACGGUUAAAACGAGAUGAGGCUCAAUAUGACUUUGCAAGAAUGAAGGGUGCGACUUUACUAUCAGAAGGAGUAGAUGAAAUGGUGGGAAUAAUGUAUAGGCCAAAAACUCAAGAAACACGGCAAACAUAUGAAGUUCUUUUAAGUUUUCUUCAAGAAGCAUUGGGCGAUCAACCUAGAGAAAUUCUCUGUGGUGCUGCAGAUGAAGUUCUACAAGUUCUAAAAAAUGAUAGACUAAGAGACAGAGAUAAGAAAAAAGAAACUGAAACAUUUCUGGGACCAAUAGCAGACGAGCGUUUUGCACUGCUGUUGAAUUUGGGAAAGAAAAUUACUGACUUUGGAAAUGAAGAGAAUAAAACCUCAGUUGGAGAUGAAAAUAUUGACGAAACUUAUGGAAUAAAUGUUCAGUUUGAAGAAUCUGAGGAAGAAGAUGAUGAGGAUAUGUAUGGGGAAGUUCGAGAAGAAACUGAUGAUGAAGAAGGGGAAGAAGCCAAGGAGGAUGGCGCCAUUCAUGCUGAAAAU